AUGGCGGGCGUUUUCGCGGUCUUAUUAUAUAACCUUCAGCGCUUUGAUGCGUUUCUUGUCGAUGUAUUAUUCCAGAAUGUGCAGCGGAUGCACAAUGCACAUGGCACAUCACCAGAGAGGCCAGUUCAUGGCCACAUUUCGAAUCCUAACCAAGAACUACCGUCAUGGACAGCCGAUGGAUUCUCCAGAAUGGACUUUGCCGACGCCGACGUUAUUGCUCUUCAAGUCGCUCCUUGGACAUUCCUUACAUCAUCUUAUGCCAUAUCACUCCUCUUAAUGGCUAUUGUUAUCAAUAGGAUCCAACAUAUCGUCGCUCCCGUUCACGAAGUACAUGCAACCGGCCUUGGGUCGUGGCGUUCCAAGUUGCUACCAAUCGAUCCUACGUCCACACGCACAAGGUUCCUCAUUCGUUCAAUAUCCCUUUAUCUCCUUUGGAAGUCUUUGAUCUGUCAAGCCAUCAUUCUACUGCAGGCAUUCGACCUGUACCCAAGCUCAAGCGUCUUCGCUCCCUUGGGUCAGUCGAUAGGCAUGUUGAGUAUGGUCGACGUGUGCUGGUCCUCGUUUGUCGCAGUCUGUGCUGCCAUGACGAUCAAUACAUUUACCCGUAGUCUCGACGGCAGCUCUUCCUCAUCCAGUUUCAAUCUGCCUCAAUACGCCUUUCUAUUACAUCUCUACUCCUCCCCUCUAGGUAGCGUCUUCAACAGAGUAUCAGAUCCUCUGGCUGGUAAAAGACUAGCACCUCGACCAAACCGACACGUCUUGGUCACCAUAUUCCUUCCCCUUUUGCAAUUGACAAUGCUCCACACACAAGGGGUAUGGAAGCGAUAUAGUCGUGAUUCCUUGAUCCCUACAUCCAUCUGCGGACUCUUGGGUCUGCUGCAUUUCGCGCACACGUUCUGGACCAAACAAAUCAUAUAUUACCCACUAUUGCAACUCGUGCCCUCUGGACUCGAGUUGAUACUAGUUCUAAUGAUCGCGUUCACUAUGGGAUUGAAUAUCGUCUCACAACUGCUCACCACUGGUCGUGUAGCACGUCCUCUAUUUGGACCAGGCGCUAAUGCGCUCCCGAGCCGUGAUGAAGAGUAUGCACUCGCUCUCGUCCGACUCGGCACGAGCUGCGUUGAUGCUACUAGCGUUGCUGGUUUGGGAAACGAGGUCGCGACCGUCAAUUCGGCAAAAACCAAAGAAGGCACUCUGCGACUGGGGCAAUCCGAAGUCGAAGCUAUCGAGUUGCCAGAGUAUGCUCGAAAGAGCACUAGGGGUCGUCGAAAGGUCAAUCCGUUUACCGUCGAGAUCAAGACGAUUCGUGCAGCUUCCAACGAAGGAGAGAUGUGGAUCAAUGUGAUCUGGAUCAAAGAGCUUGGCAAGUUUGGUCUCGCUCUUUGGAAGUUUGCUCGUGGUGUGUGGAUGAUGGUCAGAGGACGAAGACCAAGCCCUCCGAGUAACGUGGACGUACUGGAACUUAUCAGGGAGGAGACACCACCUCGGCGAUUAUCCGAAGAUCGACAGCCGGACGUUUAUCGACAGUUCCUUUCCGGUGAAGCCAUUGCCGAUGGGGAUUCCGAGUUCGAGCCCGAUGACGACGAUGACGACCACACGCUCGAUUCUGAUUCUGACGGAAGCUUGGAGUCCCGCUCGACUCGGUCCCCUAGCGUCGAACGAGAACACGCAGAAGAGUCUGGUGGGCUUUUCAUCGAACACUCUGAACGAGCCUCUACGCCAAUCGCACCUGUUCUUCUGGCGCAUUUGACCACCUCGUCUUCGUCACCACUUACUCGCCGUCGCUACAGCUCUUUACUCAACAAGAAUGAUCAAACAGAGGACGGAGUUUCUUCUGCCCACGCCAUAUCUCGAACCGAAUACUCCCACUCCUCGCCAGCGAGACCAAUUGACCUAGAAAUUAACCAUAAGCUUUGUGUCAUUUGUAUGACGAGUGACAGGGCGAUCAUAUGCUGGCCUUGCAGGUCUGUGUUAUUCAUCCGGUCGUAUGGACCUCAACUGACUGCGGACUCUUAG